AUGUUGCAGGUGCUUUGUGGUGCAGUGGCGGGCGCAGGCGAGCUGGUUGGGAACGUGAGCCGCGUGCGUCGCUCGCCCCAACCUUACCAUCCGCACCGGGUCAUGACAGACGAAGAGAUGGACGCGACAGUAACGUGGAAGCGUUCGUACUGGCGUGAAAUGCAGAACGUCAUGAAAACAGAAGGCUACAAGAAGGAAUUUGUAGAAUGUUGCCCAUCUAUAGGCGAGAUGGUCGCUAAAAAGGGCGGCAGGACCUUCAGCGGGCUCUACGUAGAAUUGUAUGAAGAUGGCGAGAACAAACAGAGACUUUAUGAGCUAUCAUGUGCUCCUGAAGUCGUGGAUAAACCGUGUCGCUUCGUGGAUGCUCGUCUGUAUAACCAAUCAAGGUGUGUCCAAAUAUACUCAUACUCCUACGCGUUAGUGCGAUACACUACCACCACCGAAAUGCCGCACCAAAAGACUAAAGGACAUAUCUCGGUGCCGGGUUCAGGGGGUUGGUCUAUGGACUAUGUGAAAGUGCGCGCCGGCUGCGAAUGCCAAAUCACCUCGAAGAGGAGAUCACAUAAGAAGAGAAUGGAGAGACACAGGCAGAGGAGGAAAAACAGGAAGCUAGAAGAAGACGAAGAGACUUGACCGUGGAUCAGUGCUAGUGUUAUAACCAGUGGGACAUUGAACGAAUUACGGGAUAGGCACCCUUUUAGUAUUUAAGAGUAAGACCGGUCUAGUGUGGAGAUAUAAAUUAAUUUAUAAAUGUGUAAUGUCUGGAAAGCUUCGGAUGCUUUAAAGCUGCUGACGUAUGUAUAUGCUAGAUCGUGCGUGGGUCAUCGUAGGUUACCGAUGCCAAUCGCGUGUUGAUAUUAGUCGUAUGAAUUAUCGGUUGAUGUAUUUCAAUGUAUUAUAUUUAUUUAAGACUUUUUCUUCCUAUAUUUCUUUAUUUAAUUAUGCUUCUUGUCUUAAUCUUGUGUUGUAAGUCAUACUUAAAAUCAAAUCGAAAUAUGAUACAGUGCCUUUUGAAACUUUAGUGCCUUUUUAGUUUUAUAUAUACCUAAUGUUGAUGUUUCAUAACGAAAAUAUGUUUCUAUGCUAAAUUAUUUUCGAUUCAUUGUUAAAAUUUAUUUUUUCAAUAUCAUUUGUAUUGUCAAUCAGAUAAUUUUAUGUAUUAUUAAGCGUGAAGGCGUCGUCCUAUAACCGUACAAGAUAACCUUUUAAGAUUUCGUCGUACGACGUUAUUUAACAAACAAAACUUUAGAGCCCUAAUGGCAGUAAGAGAAGAGCAAGGGGAUGGGCCUCGCGGUAUUUUUAAGGAUCGCACGAUCAAUCGAUUGCACGGUGAAAUCGCAAUGUUUACACGUUCAAUCGUUAGCCAAUUAGGAUGCCUCCAUUUACAUUGUUCGAUCAUUUGGAGAGUUCCCGCUUGUUGUAUGGUAACUAACUUAUCGACCAUUGAAAAUGAGGUCUUACACUGCGCGGUGCAUCCUAUUACGCAUGGCUAUCACCAUGUUUCUCAAUAAAACAAUCUUAAAAUACUUAUUUAUAAAUAGUUACCGUAUGUAAUGGUGGAUACCCAUAUACUCUUACACUAUGUCUUCGUUUCACACUGUGUUUUGUUUAUUAUUUAAGUUUCUUUCGUCGAGCAAACUGUGAUGUCUGAAACGCUCAUUUGUAGACUAUUUAUGUGCUCGGUUUUCGAUCAACUCCAUAAUUAUUUAAAUUGUACAGUUACUUGGCUAUUUUUAAAAAGUGUUAUAUUAUUGUAUUGUUAUAGAUUCUAGUGGCAUGAAUAUUAAUAAAUUAGCUUGUAUGUGAUUUUGAAAAAAAAAAACAAAUUCGAAAAGGUUUACACUUCGAUAUGAACUCUAGCAAAAUCAAAUCAUGUACUUCUAAAUAUUGAUACGAAGUGCAAACUCCUGUGGAAAUCCAUGAGCAUACAUCAAAAACCAAAAGUUUAUUAUUCAUAAACUAAUUGAAAUGAGAAUAAUAUUCUUACGUUAUUGGCGACGAUUGUAACGAUUUUAUAUUUAUUUUCAAACAUUUGUUUAACAAUUCCAUGACGAUCACAUAAGUCUUAAGACGUAAAAUGCUCUCUUCUUCAGAUUUUUAAAUUAAGAAUAUUUAUUCAAAGUUAACAAAUUAUAUAUUUUUUUGUUAUUAUUCUUAACAGUACUUACUUCGUAAGCAUAAGUGCAUCGAGUCAAAGAUCUGUAUUAUUUUCUAUUUUGUAAUACUUUUAUUGUAUUUAAAAAGAUAAUUAUUUUUAAGAGUUCAUUCAUUUAUUUAUAUACUGUUAAUACGAGGUAUUCUGAUAUUCAAAAUAUGUAGUGUCGCUGACAAUCAUAUGUAAUCUGUGGUUUUACUAAAUACCUAGCUGAAAUGCAAACCAACAGUGCUGUGAUUGGCACACAUAAUACGUCUCUUAAUUAUUAAUAUAUUUAUUUAGUUAUAAGAAAUCCGUUGCCUUAUAAUAGUUUUAUCAAAAACAUAAUUUAAAUUUUAAUAAAUAUAAUCGGGUAAUUCAUCAAAUGCGUAUAAUAAUAAAAGUCACGUAAUGAGCUCGACCGGCGCAAUGGGCAGCAAAACAGACAACCACACGAUAGGUGGCCAAAAAUGUAUUAUCUUAUAGUCCUCCGUAGCUUGAAAACUUACAAAUUAAACGUUUAUAAUAAUACUUUUACUUCUUAUUAAAUACUGAUUUUUGCUAGGCAUUUAAUAAUCCAACAGAUUACAAGUUACAACUACGACAUACAUGAAUAUUAAUUGUACUUAGAAAUCGCUUCCAUAUAAAUUUAUUGAUGUAUAUAAAUAACUCCAUAGUAUUGUGGACUGAGAUUAUUUUGUGCAUUUAGACGUAUAAUAAUUAACAAAAACCGAAAAUAUUUUUAUAUACGGUAAAAAUAGGACUCUAACUUCAUUAGUUCACAGCGGAGCAAAAUCAUAGUAGCGCAAUCUAGCGGUGAGUAGGAAAACUCGGUACUCUGUAAGAAUGUUGAAGUCCAAAGAAACUAGAUGUCGUUAAUAGGCGAUUAUUUUUAACAGUGCCAUGAUUCUACUUGUUUUUUAGAUAUGCGCCAUAGUUUACUGUUCUGUUGUACAUACAUUUAUUGAAAAACUGUGCUGCCAAUAAAAUUAUAAUUUAAAUUGUGUGAUUGUAUAACUUUAUAAACAAUAUUGACGAUUUAAUUCCAACAGUUCUUAUUAAUACUAAAAUAUUAUUGUGUCAAUUUUGCCCCCAUGACAUCACAAAAAUUAUAUUUAUAAUGUUGACAUCAAAUCAGCCUUAAAUAAACUAAAAUUCAG